AUGUAAAAACCCAAUAAGUUCUUCUUAAAUCUUCUUUAAUUAACCUUUAUAUGGACUACCCUUUUGAAUGAAAGUAAUUCACUUAUUGAGAACUGCCUCAAGAUGUAAAUGGAAUAAUUCUAUAUUUAGUUUAAAUUCUACUCCUUAGGACCUAAUAUUAAAUGAAUCUAAAAGAUCGAUCUAUAAUUUUAUCUAUUGA